AUGUGGGAUAGGGAAGAAGAAGGUGUGAAAAAUUAUCUUCUCUCUCGUGCAGACACGCUACUUUUUCCAUGCGGACAAUCAAGGGGUGGUGUCUUCCUUCAUGGGGGGCCCUCUGGAGUGACUACAGCUCAUUACAUCUGCUGACUCAGCGGCGGUACCUGCAUCGCUAUCCUAUCCGUAUGGGCCUGAGGCGAAGGCCCCUUAACAGGUCGGGAGCUUGUGGACCGAAGGCCACUCCUCUGGCUGGAUCUCUCCGAGCCCCCAAGGGAGAAAUUAGUCCUGUCCCUCCCUCCACAGUCAUGUCCAUAGGGAAGUGUAGUAAAGAGCAGAAGUCGGCCAUGGCGUCUGUUUCAGCUUCCUGUCCAACAGAUCCCCACGCCAGUAUAUCCUUGGCCUCUACAUGGUACCAUGGAACACCGCAUCAGGAGGGCCACCGAGCAUUGCUAUUAGACUUAACACUUUAUCGCCAGGAGACGCUUCUUCCAAUUCUCCAUGCGUUGAAGAAGGAACGAUGUCUGCUGGAAAAACGAAUGGUUGAAUUUGAACACAAGGUGAAAGAACUAUGGGAAGUGCGGGAGAAGAUUAAGGCAAUGAUUCUUCAACAUGAAAGCAUACAGCAGCAAGAAAUGUUGCGGUUAUUUGAGUCGUCCCAAGGCGUAAGUCCUAUAACUUCUGGCGAGAUUCAAAACGCCAAAAUGCCAGCUAAUGAAACAAUUGAGCUCUGAAUGGAAAAUAUUCUACUAUUUUCCUUUUUUCAUCGAAAAUGUAUCUCAAUAAAUGUCAUUUUAUGCUAUUUGGUUGAUCAUUUUUUUUAGCUAUCAUGUAGUAUGUAUUUAACCUUCUAUUUACCAUAUUGUUGAAGAUAGGCGCGUGAAAUCCUUGUGUUGUUGUCUUUUGGUGCUCCUUUUGGCAACUACUUUUGCUUUUGUUUGGGUUGGCAUGCUGAUGAUGGUACAACAAUUAAAGUGCAUCCGGUAUGCAUCUAUGAAGAUUUGGUAAACUCAAGCAUUUCAUUGGGUAAAAAGCAGAGCAUGGCGUCGUAUGCGUAGUUUAGGGGAAGGAAAAAACAAUAAUACUGGUUUUUGAUAUGAAUAGGAUCUAGUAAAUACACUGAUACAUAGAUCAUAUUGAGUGUCGUUGUAACUAGAUUUUGUGGUGCGUGAUAUGUCAGACAGGACAGCAUUUCGUCUUUCUUGCGUGUGCGUAUGUGAAUGCCGCAUUAUUGUGGUAAAUAAAA